UCUGCAAUGUCGGUGAAUUCGGAUCAAAACUUCAGAGUUGUUAGUGUUGAUGAUCAAUCAGGAAAUGAAACCCUAAUGGAAAAUCGAAAUAAUCUGGAUUUAGUUUGUGAAUCGGUUAUUGAUGAUGGGGUUAGGGUUUUUGGAGAAGGUAAUGAUGUUGUUAAGGGUUUAAGAGUGCAAAUGGAAGGUUUAGGUGUGGAGAUUGAUUUGGGUCCAUGUGAUCUCGAAGGUGAAAUGGCCUUUGCAGGGUAUAGUCGGCUUGAUGGUGAGCUUGUGGUUGAUUUGAUGGGAUUUUCACAUCUUGCACGAAGGGGGAAUGUAGUAGAAGGAGCCGAUGACAUGCAAGAUGUAUCAGGUGGGACAAAUGGAUCUGUUCCUGAUGGUAGAACAGUCAACAUUAAUGAUGGUAUAGAUGUUGGGCCUGAUGCUAUCGUUCCAGAAAGACGAGGGGUUAAGCACCGAAUGGAAGAGGAAGGGAAGUUUUACGUGUCCGAUUUAGUAUGGGGUAAGGUGAGGAGUCAUCCUUGGUGGCCUGGGCAGAUAUUGGACCCUUCUGCUGCAUCAAACAGCGCAAUGAAAUACUUUAAAAAGAAUUGCUAUCUUAUAGCUUACUUUGGUGACCAGACAUUUGCAUGGAAUGAAGCAUCUAGCAUUAAGCCAUUUAAGAUGUACUUCUCUCGAAUGGAGAAACAGAGCAACUCAGAACACUUUUCUCAUGCAGUGAACUGUGCUCUAGAUGAAGUCUCUAGACGGGUUGAGUUGGGGCUCGCCUGCCCAUGUUUGCCGGAGGAAGCCCGAGCAAAAAUGGAAUCUCAGAUUGUUGCAGAGGCUGGUAUCCAGGCGGAAUCAAACAUGAGAAUUGGAGGUGACAACUUUUCAGAUCAAACCCCAUUUAACCCUGCCGAACUUGUGAGAACACUCAAGUCAGUAGCAGCAGCUCCACAUUCCCGGCUUGACAGAUUGUCGUUUGUGUUGGCAAAAGCUCAAUUGGCGGCCUUUAAUCGCUGGAAUGGUUAUAAUGAGCACCCAGUAAUAGAAGAAUUUAGCGGUUUGUUUGAGAAUGAUAAUGAUGUUGAACCACUGCUUGGGAAGAGUGAUGUGGCGUCGGAGGAAAAUUCUAAUGUCCAAGGUACUUCCUCAACAAAGCGUCCUCGUUGCUCGGGGAUUGCUGAGCACCCUGGUAAAAAAGUAAAAUCAAUGUCCGUGUUGGUGUAUGGGAGCAGUUCACGUAAAUCAAAUGAUCAGAAGAAUUCUAGAGGAAUAGCUGGGCGAGAGAGGAAGUCUGUGUCUUCUGAGAAGAGACAUUUAGCAUUUGAAUAUAUGCCUAGCAAUUCAAAGGCAAAAAGAAGGAAAAAAGAAUUGUCACCAAGCAGUGGUAACAAGAUGUCUUUACCUCAUAAAGCUGCAAGGCGAAAUCUCAAGUCUAUUGACAGAAACUCCCGAAGAACGAGCGAGCAUAAUGAGAACUUGAGAAAUAUUGAAUUUGGAGAUUCAGUUCUUGGUCUCGUGAAAUCUGAAGGAGAACAGUUGAGUCCAAAAGAAUUCCCUUCUCCAACAGAAAUGCUCUCAAAGCUCUAUUCGGCAGCCAGGGAUCCCAUGAAUGCGAGUCGUAUUUUGCUGUCACAAGCUAGUUUGUUCUGUGAUUAUAGGAAUUUAACUUGCUCGGAAACUACCGUGUCAGCAGACCUCUCAAAGCCGACAGAAAAGCAUAUAGGACAAAAUUCAUCCAACUCAGCAUCUGCUGAAACUUUGUCGAUAGAAGGUAUUGAGGACUCAUAUUGGACUGAUAGGAUUAUUGAAUGCAACCCCGAAGAUCAGGUGUUAUUUGAACCAGAGGUCCAAAACGAGGUGGAUUUUCCUAAUGCUAAAUGGGAGACUUCUCCUGGCCUGAGUCCGAUCUUGGACCAUAAACAAGAAGUAGGCCCGUUGGUUGAGAAUUCAGAAAGAGAAAAUCUAUCUGAUCUUGUGGAUGGAAGUUCCGAAUACUCCCCAACCACGCUGAUUCUUAAGUUUUCAGAUUUAGAAUCAGUUCCUCCCAUAGCAGAUCUAAACAUAAUAUUUAGUCAGUAUGGUCCACUUUGUGAAUCUGAGACCAAGCUUAUUCACAAGAGAAAACAAGUAAAAGUUGUUUUCAAGAGGCGUGCCGAUGCUGAAACUGCUUUUAGCAAGUCAGGGAAAUUCAGUAUUUUUGGUCCAUCACUCAUCAGUUACCGCCUACAGUAUUCACCAUCACCACGCAAAGCAUCUUGUACCUCAAAACGUAAAAGGAAGUAUGCAGCAUCAGUAGCAGUGAAGGGCGUUCAAAACUGAAGUAAGAUGAAUUCUUCAUUACCUAAUUUGCUGGAUUUUCCCCGUCGGAUUAAAUAGUUAACUUGUUAGCUAUGUUAAUAUGAAUUUUGUUGCACAUAGCUGAAAUUAACUGCUGACUGUUUUGUCUACUUAGAAAUGUUUUAGAUAUAGAAAAAUAGACUGGGAAAUAUCCCAUUUAUUUGUGUUCAACUAAGAAUUUUGUGUCUAUAUAUUCGUUUACCC